GAGAGGUAGAGAGAGCUCGUGCGUGUAUUAAGAGAGCGAGAGAGACGAGGUCUGGCUUCUUCUGGUAGUAAAUUAUCAGAUUUCGAGCGCAAAAACUCGCAGAAACAGACAGAUCGGGAGGCAUCGUGGAAAUCUGCUUCAGCGGUGACCGGAACCAGCAGCAGGAGCGCGUGAAGCCUUGGAUUAAAAAGCCCGACUACAAGGACGGAUGGUCGCGCAGACGGGCGGCUCGCUCUGAAGUUGGACAGACUACCGAGACACCGAGAGCAAGGAGCCGGCGACGGCAAGCAGCAGCUUUUUUUUCUUUUUUGGGGGUCCCUCCACCUCCCAGAACCCCCCACCCCUCCCACACCGGUAAAGGCAGCAGCAUCGGCGGCGGCACCGGGAGGCUGUGCCCGCGCACCCCGACCAUGGAGCUGCCUUGGCUGCUGGCGCUCACGGCGCUGCUUGCUCACGCCACCACGGGACAGAAGUGGUCGCUGCCUAUCGAUGACGAAGGGUCGGCGAGAGAUGAAUUUUACGACGACGAGGAUCUCUACUCGGGCUCUGGCUCUGGCUUUCCUGAGAUCGGUAUGAGGCCAACAUCAGUAGCUGUCACGUUCACCACAGAGGAACCCCUACUUCUCUCCACCACCCAAGCAACCGACCUCGCUCCCUCUGCACCGCCUGCAGCAGAGCCUAGCCCCAACCCAGAGGACCCGACGACCACCCCUCUUCUCACUGAGGCUGAGGGAGAGAGCGGCGUGUUCUUGGAUAGGGACCUGGAGAGGGAGAGGGAGCUGGAGCUGGAAAAGGAGAGGGAGAGAGAAAGGGAGAGGGAAAGGGAGCGUGUCCGAGAGAGAGAGCGAGAGAGGGAGAGAGAGAGGGAACGUGAGAGAGAGCUGGAGAGAAUCCGGGCCGCCGCCAAGACCACUGCCGCGCCCCGGUCCCCUGCUGCCGUUCCUAUGUUCACCACCAAUCCUGCAGCCAGUCCUGCUGAAAGUGCAGCGCCCUCUGCUGGUUCAGAUGACCUGAGCGCCACAGAAGAAGAGGAAGACAUCUACCUUUCGCCAGAGCCCAGCUUGCUUUACCCAGGAUUCACUGACGAAACCACUACAGAAGAAGACAUGUCCAUCACACCAGAGUCAACCCCUGAGCCCACCACAGCUGCAACAACCACUGCUACCACUGUCAAGACCAGGACCCCCUUCAGGCCCAGGGUUCCCAUGAUGAAAACGACUCAGGCGGUGCCAACAGAGAGGACGACCCGCCCACAGCAGCCCACAACAACACAGGAGGGCACCAACGAAGUGGGUGCUGCAGGACCAAGUGGAGAUUAUGAAAUCAUGGAUGGACGCCGCAAUAAUCUUGGCAGCGAAAUGGCGGGUGGACCUGAUCUUAUCGGCAACUCUGUGGACGGAGGCAGCUCCGCGGCCCAGCUGCCGCAGAAGAACAUCCUGGAGAGAAAAGAGGUCUUGAUAGCGGUGAUAGUGGGAGGCGUGGUGGGCGCCCUGUUCGCUGCCUUCCUGGUGAUGCUGCUGGUGUACAGGAUGAAGAAGAAGGACGAGGGCAGCUACACGCUGGAGGAACCCAAACAGGCCACCGUCACCUACCAGAAACCGGACAAGCAGGAGGAGUUUUAUGCAUAACACUGACACGCCAGAGAGACACGCCGCACACCGGGAAGGGAGAAAGAGCGAGCAAGAGAAGAGCGAAAGAUACUCUAUAAGUCCUGCCCUUCCUCCUCCUCCUCCUCCUCCAUCCUUCCUACUCCUCUUCUUCUCCCCCCACCCUCCUUAUCUGCUCGGGUCUCCUCAUCCCUCUCUCCUCCCGUCUCCAUACUUGAGAGCGCCUUUCUCUCUGCGGACUUGGAACCUUCUUUUCAAAGAAAACGAGAAAAAAAGAGGACAAAAAAAGGAAAAAAAAAAAUCCAAAUAUA